CCUACUUGGAAUCGAUGUUAAUAUAGAGAAAAGUGGAAGACAAGAACUGGAAAAGUGCUUAUCGUUGAAGCUAUUAAGACCUGGCAGGAGAUCUUGUACCUCCUGAGGAUUUUCUGAAGUGUGGAAGAAUUUCGGUGCUCACUAUUAUUGGGUAUGGAAUGAGUUUGGGAACUCUUGUCAGCCAGACAGUGGAUGAUACCUGCGAAACGCUAAUGUCGGAAAUUCACAUAACGAAAGAAGAAUUUGAUGAAGGUGGAAUUCUCCUUAGAACUUGUUCUGACGAUUUAUCUGUCACAAAAUGUGAGGGUUUCUGCAAUUCGCAAGUACAGCCUAGUAUCAUGACAACAACCGGAUUUUUCAAGGAUUGCUACUGCUGUCGCGAGAGUUACCUCAAAGAAAGAAGUAUCGUACUGCACCAUUGCUACAGUCCAGACGGAAUAAAAUUGAUGACAGCAGAAACUGCCACCAUGGAAAUAAAACUACGAGAACCCGCCGACUGUCAGUGCUUCAAAUGUGGAGAUUUUUCAAGAUAAAUUUCAAUUUUACAAGGAAUGAACAUUAAUAACAUUGUUGAGCCUUAUUAAAAAUGUAUCAUGUCCCUUGAUUGAUUGAAUAAAAUACAAAAUGUAUGAGACCAAGUGAUCAAAUCUUGUUAAUACG